AUGAGGACGGAGGGAGCUGGAGGUGUGCCGCGGCCGGCGAGCCGCCUGUGGAGGACGCCGACCCCGUACAUCUUGCUGGUCGUCGGGUCCAUCACGAUCCUCAUCGCGCUUGUGCUGCUCGUGCUCAUCUGCGCGCGAAACAGAAACAGUCGUCGCUCGCGGCGGCCCGGGUCGGACGACGAGGCGGCGCCCUCAGCGCGGGUGCUCGCACCGCUCGACAGGGAACCCAAGGUCGCCGUCAUCAUGGCCGGCGAGCGCGCGCCGUCCUUCCUCGCCAGCGCCAAGCCGCUCGCCUUUGUCGCCCCCCGGGGUGCUGAUGAGGCCGACGGCAGCAGUGUCGCGGCCGUACCGUACGUGUAG